AUGUCAGAAAUAAAUGAUCAAUGUUCGGACACAAGUUCUGAUUUAAACUGGCCAAUUGAUCAUCCAAUGGAACGACAAUCACAACAACAUGAUCGAGUUAUUUUUGAAAAUGUUCCUGAUCAAUAUGUAAAAGGUGAAGAUGUUACAGCUUUUUUUUCUAUUGUUUCGGAUAUCAAGGUUAACCCAAAUGAAGAUCAAAUUGGUUUAUUACGAGUUGGUUCAACAAAUAUAAAACAAUGUUUAGCAUAUGCUCCUGUACAAUUCAAUCCAUCUACAACGUCAGGAUCAACUGGUCAUGGUAUAGCAAUCUUCCCAUCAUCAUCAUUACCAGUAACUGAUGAUGAAUUUUAUCAAUUUUGUUAUAUUAUUAAUAAAACAAAAAAUCUCGGUUCAUCAAUACCAUUUCAAUUAAAUUGUGCCUUAGAUGAUAUUGAUUUAUUAUCUAAUUUACCAGUUGGAAAAACAAAUCCUGAUGGUCUUAUUGCAUUAGCUGAUCAUGAUAAUGAUGAACUUGUUGUUAUACAUACAAAACGUAUGUUAACAGAAGAAAAAUUACGUCAAGAAAAUCGACAAUUAUUAGAUCGCAAUCGUCGAUUAGAAUCACAAAAAGAUGAAUGUGAAGAGAAAUUAGAAUUAUUAGAAAUUAAAACAAAAGAACAUAUGGAUAAAAUUAACAACGAUAUGCAAACACUUACUGCGUCGCAUAAAACAGCAAUUGAUGAGUUAUCAUCACGACAACAAUUAGAAACAAAUUUACGUUCACAAUUUGAUGCUUGUCAAUCCUUGUGUGCUCAAUAUAAAGCUGAUUCAUUACAACAUGCUCAACGUUGUCAGACACUUGAAAACGGUCGUACACAGUUAGAAACUGAAGCAAAUCAACUUCGUUCACGAUUAGCUGUAACAACACAAUUAGUACAAGAUCAAGCAACACAAAUCACUGGUUUAGAACGUCAAUUAAUGCAAUCAAAUGAAUCAGCUUUAACAUCAAGUCAACGUCAAUCAAUGCUUGAACAACAAAUGCAUGAAAUACUUGUAACAGCUGAAAAACAUCAGAAAACAAUAGAAGCACAAUUGAAUGCAUAUUCAAAACAAGUCGCUCAACAAACAGAACAUAUUGUAAGAUUGGAAAAUACAAAUGAUUUAUUACAAGAAGAACUCGCUUCUAUCAAAGCUGAUAAUGAACAUUUAAAAACAAUAUCUAAACAUGAUAAUGAUUUAACAGACGGAUUACAACAACAAUUAGAUUUAGUACUUAUCGAAAAUGAAUCUACAAAAAAUGAAAUGGAUUCACUUCGAAAUCAAUUGGAUGAAAUGAAUGCACAACAACAAGCUUAUGCGAGUGUAACUAAUUCAUUUGAAGCAAUAAAAACACGUUGUGUUAAACAUCAAAAAAGUGAAAUUGAAGCUAAACGACAAUUGGGUGUUUAUAAACAAUUUAUUAAUGAUCUACAACGUGAAAUUCAAGAAUUAACUGAACGAUUAGCAGCUGGCGCUGAAGAAUAUAAAACAUUAUCUCGUAAAUAUGCAGUGCUUGGUCGUUCAAAGGAAAUGGAUCAAUCAUAUAUAACAACUACAGUAAAUGAACCUGUUCAAAAACAAGAAGAAUCAGUUCCCAGUCUUUUUAAUACAUAUGAACAUCGACAAAACGAACCAUCAUUACAAGCUUCACUUGUUGAUAUUGAUGGUGAAGUAUGUGCAUGUCCAAUGUGUUAUUGGGAAUUUCCUGAAAAUAUGACACUUGAUGCAAAGAAAUUACAUAUUGAUCAUCAUUUUGCUUAA